AUGUCAGCAUUCUCUAAACGGACUAGAACUGCAACAAAACCAGGCAUUUCAGGAGAUGAACUGCCUUCCUUCCUUAAAUCAUCUUCAGAAUCAGAAGAGGAACAAUGUGAAGAGGAAUGGGACCCCAAAAAGGAAGUCCCACGUAAGGCCAAAGUGCCAAAACCAAAAGUGCGAAGAGUUGAAAAAAAUCCUUUGACCAAGAAGAAAUCAACUGUGGCUAGGAAAGGUACUAAGAAGCUAGCAGUGAAAGAGGAGCCGGACACAUCAUUGCCUAUUGCCACACCUGGAGGAAAGGAAAAAAUGACAUUUCCAUGGCUGAAGAAAGAGGACGAUGUCGAUGUGAGAAGUUCAGCCAAAAAGAUCCCAGUGAAAAAAGUUGGCAGCAUUAAAGGUGAACCUGGCUUGGAAAAUGCAGAUGAGCCAUCCACAAGUGCUACAGUAUCUAAAAAGGAAAUAAAGGUAGAAGAGUCUGGGGAAGAUUUUACAUUUGAUGAACCUCCCUUAAAAAAAUUUAAAACAGGAAGUCCUCAGGAGAAUCGUGGGAAAUAUGUUGCAGGUGGCAAAGUGAAUGAGGAUCACAAUAUGAACUGGGACAUUGUGCAGGUUUUGUCACAAAGGACCGAUAUUGAAGAAUGGGUGUGUGCCAACAUAAUCAAGCUUUUCAAUGAUGAUAAUACAAUACCUUUUAUUGUUCGGUAUCGGAAGGAACUGAUCAACAAUCUGGAAGCUGAUGUGCUGCGUGAGGUGCAGCAAAUAAUGGAAGAACUACAGACGUUAGCAAAAAAGGUUCAUGUUUCAGUACAAAAACUUGAGAAAGAAGGAAAGCUCUCAGGAAGUCUUUUAACUGCAUUGUUAAACUGUAAAACUUUGGAGGAGCUGGAUCAUGUGUAUGCACCAUAUAAAACUGGAAGCAAAGGAACUAAAGCACAAAGAGCUAGACAGUUGGGCUUGGAACAGGCAGCCAACUUGCUCAUUGAGAAUCCAAAGGAACUCAGACUGUUCAUUUAUGUCAAGUCCGAUGUCGAAGGACUUUCCACCACUGAGGAAGUAAAAUCAGGAGUACAGCAUAUCCUGGCUGACAUGAUUGCUAAAGAUAAAGAAACACUGGAUUUUAUCAGAGAUUUAUGUCAAAGAAAAUACAUUUGCAUUCAGUCAUCUCUGGCAAAAGUGACUUCUAAAAAAAUCAAUGAAAAAGAUGUCAACAAAUUUCAUCUGUACCAGAAUUUUUCUUGCAACAUAAAGAACAUUCAACAUCACCAGAUUCUGGCUAUUAACCGAGGGGAGAAUCUGAAAAUCUUGAAAGUAAAGAUCAACAUUCCUGAUGGAGUGAAGAAUGAAUUCUCUAGGUGGUGCGUAAAUGAAAGAUGGAGACCAAAGGCCUAUGCCAACCCUGAAUUAAUGGAACUACUGCGUUAUUCAAUAGAAGAUUCAUAUAAACGUCUUAUUUAUCCCCUUCUCUGCAGAGAAUUCAGAUCAAAACUAACUUCAGAUGCUGAAAAAGAAUCAGUAAUGAUGUUUGGAAGGAAUCUUCGUCAGUUGCUUCUAACAAGCCCUGUGAGAGGGCGAACACUGAUGGGAGUUGACCCCGGGUACAAACACGGCUGCAAACUAGCAAUUAUUUCACCAACCAGUCAGAUACUCCAUACAGAUAUUGUCUAUUUGCAUUCUGGUAAAGGAAUCCAUGAAGCUGAGAAGAUACGGAAACUUCUGUUGGGUCACAACUGUGGCACUAUUGUGAUUGGCAAUGGAACAGCUUGUAGGGAAACUGAAGCUUAUUUUGCUGACUUAAUUAUGAAGAAAUACUUUGCACCUUUGGAUGUCACUUACUGCAUUACCAAUGAAGCAGGAGCCUCCAUAUACAGUGUUAGUCCAGAAGCUUGUAAGGAGAUGCCUGAUUUAGACCCUAACCUACGAAGUGCAGUUUCCAUUGCAAGACGUGUGCAAGACCCAUUAGCCGAGCUAGUAAAAAUUGAGCCCAAACAUAUUGGAAUUGGAAUGUACCAGCAUGAUGUCUCUCAGACCCUGCUCAAAGCCACCCUGGACAGUGUGGUAGAGGAAUGUGUCAGCUUUGUAGGAGUUGAUAUUAACAUCUGCUCAGAAACAUUGUUAAGACAUAUUGCAGGACUGAAUGCCAACAGGGCUAAAAAUAUUAUUGAGUGGCGAGAGAAAAAUGGACCAUUUGUCAAUCGGGAACAGCUUAAAGAUGUCAAAGGAUUGGGGCCAAAAUCCUUUCAACAGUGUGCUGGCUUUAUCAGGAUCAACCAGGAAUACAUCAGAACAUUCUGCAGUCAACAGAAUGAGCUUGCAGCUGGGGGUCAUAAAGCAACCACAAAUGAGAAGCAGUGUAAAAAGAAAACCAAGGCUGGAGCAAAUGUCAUUCAGCAGCCAAAUCCUUUGGAUCAAACGUGCAUCCACCCUGAAUCAUAUAAUAUUGCAAUGAGGUUUUUAACACUUAUUGGAGAAAAUCACUGCAAUAUAGGAAAGUCAGAAAUGCAGCAGAAAGUGAAUGCAAUAAUUGAAAGAGAAGGGAUGGAUGGAAUAACAAAAAGAUUGAAUACAACAGAACAAACACUGCAAAUAAUCAUUGAUGGGUUGACUCAACCAGAAAGUUUUGACAUUCGGAAAGAUUUCGAUCAACCUGAUUUCAAGAAGAGCAUUGUUUGUCCUGAAGAUUUAAGAGUUGGAACUUUUCUCACAGGAAGAGUUGAAAAUGCUACUCUCUUUGGAGUUUUUGUUGACAUUGGAGUUGGUCGAGCAGGACUAAUUCCAAUUCGUAGCAUAACAGAGGACAAACUUUCAAAAGCAAAGAAAAGACGAAGUCUUGGUCUUGGUCCAGGAGAAAAAGUUGAAGUCAAAGUGCGUGAAAUUGACCUUCCACGUUCCAGAAUAACUUUAGACUUGAUACGUGUAUUGUGAGCAAUUUGUGGACAUUUUUCAUAGUAAGGGCUACUGUUUCAACCAUGAUGAACAGAAUGUAGUGGAAAAGUGAGGACCGAGCUAGAACCUUCAUUCAAACUAGAGUUAAAAGAGCAUGUUGGGUUAUUGAGAAAUUCAGAACCUGAUUUAAAAAGUACUAAUUCCAGUUGUAUAAAUGACUGUAUCAUUUGUGGUGCAAAGGCUACCAACUUGGCUAUAGCUAUUUGUGCAACUGGGAUGGUUCUUUCAGUUGUGAAAAUCACUUGUUCUUAACAUCCAGCAUUUGGUACCCAUCAAUGGGUACUAUGGAACAUUGUAUCUCCAGGAACUGUUCAGCAGAUUCCAUGUAUUGCAGUUGACAAUUUGGUUAUGAUAGUUCAUGCCUCUGACCAUAUUCCCUUCCUCAGUCUUCCAUUCCUAUUAAUACUGAAAAGUCAUCUUAGAAAAGAUCCUUGAGCUGAAAUCUCUCUAUGGUAAAGGUGUGUCUGGGCUGUAUAAAACAUUCCCUGCAUAUAAGGAUGUCAGAAAGAAGUAUUCUAAUUUCCUUGCCCUUUCUGUGGCAGCUUAAUUUUCUAUGUGGAAGUAUUUUGUCUGCACAAAGGAACACUCAGCCACAAUGUUCCAUUACCAUAAUGUGUAACAAUACAGGCCUGACCCAGUAUUUUUACAAAAUUGACUAAAUUUGAAUAGUAACUUGAGCAAUUGACUCCAAUACUUACUUUAUGUCUAAACAAAAAUUUUUUUUGCUUCCAUGUAACUAUUGGCCUUUUUUGUUAUAGAUAGAAUCUGCCUUUUGCAGGUCUCACCUCAGUAAUGGUUCAAUGGAUCUGUUCCUAAGAUAUUUCUUUAAAAGGUUUUAGUUUAUGCUUAUUGUUUUAUUUUUUCCCUAGCUGAUUCUUUUUAAAAAGAAACAGCAAUAAUGGGAAUCAAGUUUGUAUAGAUCCAGAAUUGCGGGUUGUAUUAUACUAUAUCAACCUGGGAAAAAAUGGUUAACAGCAGGUGCAGAAUUUUUUUAUAUGUCUUGAGCUACAAGAUACAAUGUAAUCUUGAUAAACAACAUUUUCAUUAAGAGGAAGAGCAUCCAAUGGUUUCUUGAAAAACAUGUUUAUUUUA